GCUAGUGUAGUCAAGGUCAAUCAAAAUGGCUGCGAAAGCCCUGUUUAGAAGUGUGGGUAUACCAAUAUCGACAUUUCACCUGAAUCUAAGUGUUCCUGUAAAAUCAAACUUGGGAUUAGUGGUUCGUAUUUGCUAAUAAGACCUAGCUUUAGACUUAAAAUCUAAAAAAAAAUGUUUGUAAACCUGAGAAUUUCUGAGAUUUUGAAAAACAAUAUUAGAGCAAGGUGCUAAACAAAAAAAAAAGAAAAACCCAGCAACAAGCUGCAAUACAAGCAAAAUUUGAAACACCCUACUCUACCUCAGCUGCGCCGGUUCGGUUCUUUAUAUGGGGUGGGGGCAUCCAUAAUUGACGUCACUAGUCUAGGGGGAGGAGUAACAAUUUUUGGGACUGAGGGGAGUGGGGUUUAAGCAAUGUAAAAAGGGGAAAAAUUGCUGCCUGACUGAAUAACACUAAAUUACCAUUCAUUGUCAUUGGGUUGAGUUCCGAGAAAUGUAGAAAACCGGUUAAUUGCCGGUUAUUGUGAUUUCAUUGUCAAAAUGGCGACCUCCAAUUUUUAAUUUACCGAGAGUCACGUUGUUUACAACUUUUUAACUAUUUAUAGCCCAGCAUGUAAAUUCUAUUUCCGCCCACAACUUAGAAUAGACAUGUUGUGUUAUGAUUAGACACUUAAAGCCCCCAAAAAAUUUUGGGGCUUCACUUUGAAAAUUAAAGGUAAAUUAACGCAAUUUUUACUCAUUCAAAUUUUUUGUGUGGAAAGGAGCCUUUCUUUGAAAUUUAGGGACUUUAUAAAUAGGCAGUGUCUACACGUCCGCACUACUUGUCCGGCGACCAAGUCACAUGACCGCCGUAACAAAGUGGCGAGAGAUAUCUUGUCGGUCAGCCUUGUCACGUGACUGCGAAUAAUUCAAAACUAUUGUUAAUUUUAAAAUCUAUUUCUCUACCAAGUAAUGUACUGAGUAUCUUGCAUGUAAAUAAUAGAAAAAAACUUAAGUGAAAGUGGCUUGUAAACAUUUUUGUUUAGUUUGUUAUUUGAGUUUGUGUACCAGUAAUCCAUAAAAUAAAUUAGGGGCCAGUGUGGAGUAGGCAACCAAUAAAAGUAAAAGAUUUCAUUUUAAAUUGUUACAAAAUAUUUAAAAACUUCUCAUGAAACUACUGUUGCUGAUGAACAUGAUAAUAUAAAUAUAUUAAAUAUUUUACAUUAAAAUGGGAGAAAGAAAAAAAAUGAUCCUAUGCCCGGAAUCGAUCCUCAAAUCAUAAUAUCGUCAAGCGACCACUCUACCAAUAGACCACACAAGAACUGCCAAACUGUACUUCGUUCGGAAUUAUAAAAACUACUAGCCGUCCGGCGGUCACGUGACAUACCGCCGGACGUAUAUCUUGCGCACUAUUUGUCCGGCGCGCCGGACAUGUAGACAUUUCGUUAUAAAUAAUGGCAUUAACUACAACAUAUCCAAGACAUGCUAAUUUAGGCCCAACGGUUUGGUCAUAAAUUAACUCGGAAAUUUUAAAUUCGUGUGUCCCAACAUUACCUAUUAUCGUUAAUAUUUGAAGCUAUGGUAAAUAACCUGAUUACUCUGGAAAUCCAGCAUAUUAACCCAUAAUAACUCAUUUGAAAAUAAAAACAAAUAAAUUAAUAAUACAAUUACAUAAUUUUAAUAUGAUUUGAUGUUUUUAUUAAGGGAUAUUAGGUUAAAUAAGCCUCAUUAUUACAAUUAAUAGUUAAUUAUUAGUUUUAUAUACUGGAAUAUGUUAUUAUUAUAUAUAUAAUAUGUUUGUAUUUUAUAUAUAGAAGAGGCCUAGAAUAGUAUUACUAUUAUAAGUUUAGGCCUACACCCCCCACCCCCUUUCAAUAAUUAUUUGUAGGACCCAUUAUUCAUAUGUAAUGAUAUAUUAUGGUGAUUCUUAAGGCAUAGAUUAAGUAAAAAUGUAAAAAAAUAAUAGUCACUUACCUUUAAUAUUGAAAUAUCCUAUAUUUAAUCACAUAUCACAAUAUUUCACAAGAGAAUUAUUACAUAAUCCUUGGUUUUCUCAAAGAAAAAACACACACACUUUCUGCCACAAUAAUCCAAGAAUUACUUAAGAUAUUACUAAAGAACAAUCAUAAAAAAUCAAACUUACCUCAAGCAAGUAAUAGGUACUUUUACUUGGUUUAAAAAAAAAAUAAAAAAAUUCAAAAUAGCACAUUAUAAGAGAGAAAAUGUAUAAUUAAAAAUGAAACUAUAAUCAACUUUCUAUCUUAAUAAUCAUAUCUUCAGUAGUUUCUGAGUGAUGUAACUGUAACAUAGGCUAUACUAUGAAUUUUUAAAGUAAUACUUCUUUUGUCCUUUUCUAAAAUGGACCUCACCUCCACAUUCUGUGACCCAGUUACGUUGUUUGUAUCACAAGCUAUAAUUUCGUUUUAAUAACAAUUUCAUACAACUUUUAUUUUCAGAAUAAAUGCUGUUUUAAAAAGUAAUUUUAAUAAUGUUAUGCAAUUAUAAAUAAAUUAUAACUAAAUAUGCACUAUGUAGGCUAUAUCAGUAAAUAUAAUAUAUUAAUAUAUCAUAUUUUCAGUUUACCAAAUAUACGGCAUCCAUUAUCCGUUAUAAUAAUAGUUGUAUAAGGCAAUGCAUUCCCGUAUUAAUAAAAUACUUUUUAGGGAUUUAGAGACUACUUAUUUUGAACUUUCAACUUUGGCUCAUGACUUGACUAAUUAAAGCUUUCCCUGACCAAUUGUUUAAUGGUUGUUGCCCACAGCAAUCUCUUAUGUAUAAAACUCUCUAUGGUAUACCCAUAAUGCAAAUGGCUGUGAAUGGUUGCCAUGUAAAUGUUUUGAACACAGAAAAUUAUAAUUUAUAAUUUGGACUCUACUGGGUUUUUAAAGCUUUAAUGAACAUAUUCUAGCUUAAAUAUCUUCUAAAGUCGUUCUGAAAAACCAUUUAUCAAAUAUUUUGAUGUUUAAGGUGGUAAUAAGUGAAUAUUUACAAAGUUAAGUAUCAGCAUCUUGUGCCAUUAACGCUGUCUACUCUUGAGGAGAAUUGUGAAAAUGUUUCACAAUGAAAUUUUGCACUCAUAGGUACAUUAUAUUUUGUUGACAUACAAUUAGUAUGAAAUACAUACUUUAAUAUUUUGAUUGAAUUUUUAUAUUGACACAUGCCAUAUGUUAACAUAAGAUUUUCCUCAAUUAAAGUUGAUGUAAAGGAUUAUAAAACGCAAUGGGAAUAUAGGCCAAGAUGUCUUUCAGUGUGAAAGGGAGGAGUCAGAACUUAAUUUUCAGUCAAAAGGACAUAGGUGAAGUAAUUAGAUAUCCAUGAGAUAUAAAUUUAUUAGGGUUUGUAAAGGACAGUAGUGGACAGAGACAUCUUUUUUAAAUUGUGGGGAGGUUUAAAUUUAAUAAUGAUAACCAAUCAAAAGCCUUUAAUUUAAAAUGCUGAAAUGAGAGGUUACUGUAGUCUCAGAUUGUAGUUUACUACACAUAAUACCAAUAUUCAUUUAAUAUGAACUAACUUUAAAAUAAAUAGAGGUUUAAGAGAAUAAUAGUAUGUAGUACUUAUAAUUCUUUCACUUUGCAAAAUCUUAAAAAACAAAAAAAAAAAAAAAAAAAAAAAAAAAAAAAACAAAAAACAAAAUAAAAAAACAAAUUAAAAAAAAAAUUGUUAUUGAACAUCGAUGAAUUGAACACCAUGUAAAAUGACGUGUUAAUCAUUCUAGGGAGCAGAAUAAGAGAAAAAGGACAGGCGGAGACAAAAAAAAAACAACCUUAGACUGCUUUCAUAUGCUAUUUUAGAAAAAAUCAAUUUAGGAUUCCAUAUCUCUUCUACUGGGUACUAAAAUUUAAACAAAUGGAUUAAAUGCAUCAAACAAAGAUUAUGAGUAACUGCCCCAUUGUUAUUUCAAAAAUGACUAUCACAAUUAAAUAAAUAAAAUUGGAAAUUUCCUGGUACCCACACAGAAAAAAAAAAAAAAGAGCUACAGGUAUCAAAAAAUAAUACCAGCCUAUUAGCUUAGUUUCCUUUAAAGAAAAGCUUCAUCAAAUGAUUUUAAAAAAACACUUAAAAGGAACCAAAGCAUCUUUGACAAUGAUUCUAUAUUUGUUUUUAGCACUGUUUUGAUAAAUCCUAUAAUAGAAUUUUAUAGGAUAACUCACACAACACCUCUAUUCUCACACAAAUAAUUUCUCAGUAUGACAGACACUGAAUAAUAAUUGACUAUUUCUAAUUUAAAUUUAGUCUCAGAGUCUGGCUGUCUGUAACCAUACUAAUGGACGAAGAAAAUAUUCUAGUGUAAGUAUGAUUUAUUUCAUAUACUUCUUCAUCAUCUAUUUAACAUGCAAUAUCUAAUACAUUUCAUUAUAUUUUGAUGAUCAUUACAGCAGUAUUGCUUGAAUCUAUACACUUAUAAUAUAGCUUCACCUUACAAGUUUUAUUGAAUUACUUAGCAUAAUUGGAUUCAGCAUUGAAAAACAUCAAUUGAAAUUCAUUAAGCAAACGUAAAAAAAAAGUCUCAAUGAUUCAUCAUUUUGUCGAUUCAAAAGAGAACGAAAUCAUUGUUUGACUUCAAUUUGCACGCUUCUGAAGAUUAUUUUAUUCCAAUUCAUUGUUGUACAAUGUUUUUUCUACAUGAACGUUAAUUGUGAGAUCCUUCCUAUCUGCAUAGUUGGAGGUAUUAAGUGAUACAAAGUUAUUCAGUAUGCACAUAUUGUUUUGCUUAAAAAAGAUUUCAUUUUAUGACAAUGUUAAAGGGAAUUAAUGCUAAAAAAUGUAUAAUUUGGAACAGUAAACCUAUUUUUUAAAAAAUUUAGUGUAUUAUGGGUUGAUAUUAUUUUUGUCCUUUUCUAUUUGUAUAGCAAAAUGACAUUGUUUUCCUAUCCUGCCAAUUAUAAAUAGAUAAAUUUCACUCAUUGAUAAUUUCAGAAGCGGCUGGUCACAAUGAUUCCAGGUGAUGGAAUUGGUCCAGAAAUAUCUGUUUCUGUAAAGCAGAUCUUUAGUGCAGCUGGGGUAAUCCUUUGAUUUCUUAUCUCUUGGAACUUUUUGUUCACAACAUAAAUUGGACUUGUGUUUCUAUAAUGCUUUGUUCUAGUUUGAUUUGUCUGAAAAAUGUACAUAAUUUAUUACUAGAUUAUCAUUUUAACUCAUUCCUAUGGCUGUUUUUUCUGUACUUAAUCCAUUAUUCAUGAACAAUGGAAGUAAAUCCUUUUUGCAUUUGAUUUAUAUUUGUAAAAUAUUUUUUAGCUGCUAAAUAUUAUUUAAUUUUAAAUAAAUUAGGACAAAUGCACCCAGAAACGAAUAAGGUUUAAGAAAAAUAUAACGUUGUGUUAAAAAAACCAACCCAAAAAUCGCUUUGUUGGCACCUUGGAUCGACACAAGCUAGAUAUAAGACUCGCAGUACAAAAGCACACAUAGAUUAAAGUGAACCAUGCUCUCACCAUAACUUUCUGGGACGCAUGAUUUAAAUGCUAUUUUUAAAUAACAAAUGAAAGAGGUAUGUUAAGAAGCGCUGAGACCCAUUCAGACACAUGUCCAACCCAUUUUAGACCAAUUAGUUGCAACCACAAGGAAUGAGUAAAUGAAAGUAUCUCUGGUCAGUCCAAAUGAAAAUUUCAUCCCUCUCAGGUUCCAAUUGAAUGGGAAGAUGUAGAUGUAACGCCAGUCAAAGGUCCAGAUGGGAAGUUCAGAUUGCCACCAAAAAUAUUUGAAUCUAUGAACAAGACCAAAGUAGGACUUAAAGGACCAUUAGCUACACCAAUAGGGAAAGGACAUCAGUCUCUCAAUCUUGCACUUAGAAAGUAUGUAAAAAUUCAUAAAAAAUAAUUCUUGUGUUAGAUACUAUUUAAAAAAAAAAGAAUCUUUUGAUCCUUAAAAUAUUAAUGGUAAAUCUAUAUUAAAUAAUGAAUAGAAUUCAAUUACAAUAUUGCACGUUAGUUUACAACAUUUCUUAUGAUUAAAAAAAUAAAUUAUUUAUCCUAAAAAUUCCAAAUUUCAAGGAAAGUGAAUAAAUUUGUAAAUAUUUUACCGUAAAAAAUAGUGUGUUAAAUAGAAAAUGUUAAGUAGACUGUAUUAUAGAGUUGAACACACAGAUAUAUUAAAUAGGAUGUUAACAGAGCAUUGAUAAGGAAAUGCAAUGUUCUUCUCUUGGAGUAUCAGUAGUUAAGCUUUGAGCCACUGUUGCUGUAUGGACAAGACUUGUAAGAGAUAUAAAUAUAAAAAUUGAAUGACUGGCCGCCUUACAUGGAAAUGUUUUCUUAUUUUAUUUUGUAGAGCUUUCACCCUUUUUGCCAAUGUCAGGCCUUGUAAGUCAAUUGAAGGAUUUGAAACUCCAUACAAAAAUGUUGAUAUUGUAACUAUCAGAGAAAACACUGAGGGAGAGUACAGUGGCAUAGAACAUGUUGUGAGUUGUUUUUACUCAAGUUUUUCUUCAUUCUUAAAUUCAUGGUAGUAAAAUACAAUUAAAGCUAGAUGAAAAUGAGGCAGCAGAAAAUUUUAAUGUUUCUAAACUAAUUUUAAAGCCAUUUAUUUCAUUCAUGAAUGUUUCACAUCCACAAAAAAUGUUAUCACUUUGUUAUCAUGAUUCUAGAUUGUUGAAGGUGUUGUUCAAAGCAUAAAGCUCAUCACAGAAACUGCAUCUCGAAGAGUAGCUGAAUAUGCUUUUAAAUAUGCAAGAGAAAACAAAAGAUCAACAGUAACUGCUGUUCAUAAAGCUAACAUAAUGUAAGUGUAAAAAACUACCAAUGCUAAAAAAUAUUUUUUUUGUAUUAAUUUAAAAUAUAAAAAAAAAAAUUUAGUGUUUAUUAAUCUUUAAAUUAUUGAUAUUCAUCUUUAAAUUAUUGAUAUUAAUCGCACAAGCUGGGGAGGCAGACUUACUGUUGGAGCACACAAGAUGGCGAGGCAGACCUACUCUUGCAGCACAAUCCUCAGAGGGUAAAUGCACCGCUCACUCCUAAAGAAAGAACACAGUACGGAAAAGCAGAAUCAACUUCCGACCCAACUAGAACCCAAAACAGCGUGUGCUAUGUGCAGAAAAGCUUUUCAAACACAAAGGAAUGACUGGCAAACCACCUGCCUACUCACUGUUGAAUAUAGCCUCUGUCAUAUUUGCACGCAAAAGACUAACAGCAAGCAAAACAACAUCUUAUUGAAGCAAACAGAAUGCCUUUUUUUUAUGACAUCAUUUUGAUAUCUUUGAGAAAACUGUUUUUUGUUUAGCUUUUAAUGUUUUUACUUUAUUUCUUUUAUUCAGGCGAAUGUCAGAUGGCUUGUUUUUAAAGUGCUGCAGAGAAGUUGCUGCCAAAAAUAAAGAUAUUAAGUUCACUGAAAUGUACCUUGACACAGUUUGUUUGAAUGUAAGCAGUGACACUAUCUUGGUUUAUAUCAAUGGUUCCUUGUUUUAAAUUAAACUUACAAUUAAAACUCUCAUUUUAUUUUAAUUUCAUAGUAUUGUUUUAUAAUUUAUAUAUAGUGUGGCAAAUUUUACUUUUAUUUCACAAGUGUUGCUAUUUUGGAAAUAACUUGGUCUAGGAAUGAUUAUUCAAUAAUGAUACAUUUCACAAUAGACAGAAGUCAAAUUUAAAAAACACUGGACACAAUGUUCCCAUGUUAUGAGCGAAGUUUUGUUACGCACUGUGUUUAGUAAAGAUGUUUAUUUUUGUGCACCAAUAAGAACGUAACAUUAAUUUCUCAUGACCAAACCUAGCGCAGGGCAGAAUCAUGAAUUUUUUUUAUUUGUAUAACUCGUGUAAAGAAAAGUGCAAAGUGGAUCUACAGAUUCAGGCAUUUAUUUACAUGACCUGAAAUGCGUUUCUUCCACCCUUCUCACUCUCGGGAACACAUCUAUCAAAAAAAUUUCACAAAUCCUUCAUAAUUCUUUCAUCUCACCACUUAUGACACUAGAUCUAAUUACUACAUUAAGGCUACUGAACUUUUGAUAAUUUUAAUCUCUAUUAUGAUUACAAUGAUAUAAUUAAACUUCAUCAAAUUCUCUAAAAGUUUAUUGGGAUAUAUUUUAAAUAAAAAAAUUAAAAAGUUCCUUUUGAAAUUAAUCAAGGAAUAAAUUAUUUUAGAAUGUACUAAGUUGAAAUGAAAAAAAAUUGUUAAACUCACAGUCCUUUUUGCUUCUAUUAUUUUUGUUGUUUUAAGGAUCAUUACAAACCACUAUUAGAGGAGAUAAUAAUGUUUUACCACUAUAGGUUGUGAUGCAUACAUUAACAUUCAUUUAUUUAAAUCCUUUUUUUUUUCUGUAACAGCUUGUGCAAGAUCCAUUAUCCUUUGAUGUUCUAGUCAUGCCUAAUUUGUAUGGAGAUAUUUUAAGGUAAAUUAAAAUUAUACUUGGUUUUGACUGUCCUUAUUUUUAUUUUUUUUAUGAGCUUGGUUUUGUAGAUUUUGAAAAUUUAGAUGAAGUUAAUACAGAAAUUGCUUAUAUGUAAAACAAAUUUAUACAUAUCCUUAUCAUUUCCAGUGAUUUGUGUGCUGGCUUAAUUGGGGGCCUUGGAGUGACACCCAGUGGUAACAUUGGAGAAGAAGGAGCAAUUUUUGAAUCGGUGAGUUUAUGGGCGUGUUUAAAAAAAAUAUAUUUUUUUUGCUAUAAGGGCAAUGUUAAUAUCUUUACAAAGAUUUUUUUAAAGUGCUUGUUACUAUUUUCCUAGAAGUGAAUUCUAAAUAAUGACAUGCUGUCAUACUUGAGAUAGGAUGAUAUUACAAUACAAUUCAGUCUUUCUGAAAGACCUUGACCAUCAUAGACAUUAAUAUAUCUAUCUGUAGACAUUGUGCUAUUUUCAAUCUCACUAUCUUCACAUACCCCUUACACUAAUUCAUAGCAUCACAGCUACGAAAGAGCAACUUUGGUAAUGAUCUUUUUGUAAAAUCUCUAGAAUAGAAUGAUUUAAUGAUUGCAUAGUUAAAUCAUGUCUAUUUAAUAAAUAUCAAUCUAUCUAAUACAUAAAGGUAAUUUUAUUUCAAAUCUAUUAAUGUUUAUGAAAACUUUUUAAUAACUCAUGUAUGUCUGGUGUAAUUAGUUACAUUUUGCAGCAUAAAAACCAAAAGUUCAUCAUGUCAUAGUAUUGUGCGCAAUUUGGUGAAAUGUAACAGGAAUAACAUAACAUAGAAUUUUAGUGUCAUCAUAAGUUUUAAAAAAAUAUUUCAUACAAGCAACACAUUUUUUUUAAAAGACCCCCUUUUAAUAAGCAAACCACCACAAAAUAAAUACUUAAGAGUGAGACUAUAAGAGGGAUGAAAAAUAAUGAAUGGAAAUUAAUUGAAAGCACCAGUAUAAAAUAAUAAUACCAAUUAUGAAAGUAUACAAGAUUGCUGUUUCUUUAGCAAUUUUAUUACUGAGAUUAUAUAAUUCACUUAAAUCAAGAUCACUCAGGAUAAAAUACUUAAAUCAUUUUUAUGGGUUUGAAAUUUUUGAACCCCUUUUUGAAAAAACACUUUACAUUUAAAUGAUAACCAAAAUAACCUUUACAUUCCUUUACAUUCAUGUUGUUAAGGGGGGUGUCCAUUAAUUAUGUCAACAAAAUAGGGGGGAGGGGGGUUUGGAGAUGUUUGACAAUGGUGAACGGGCGGGGUGGGGGGGAGGUUUAUAUUAGUUGAUGUCAACAAUCAUGUUUUCUCUAUUAAAAUUUUAAUCUUAAAAAUUGACUGGUUAUAACAUUAUGUUAUAAAUUUAAUGAAUGUAAAUAGUCGUAUAAUUUUUAGGCUUUUAACAAUAUUAGAUUUAUUUAAUGUGUGUCUCUCUGUGCACUGCAGAUGGCUGGUCAGAAUGUUAGCAUACUUUGUAAGUGCAAGAGAAGUCAAAAGUUGGCCUCUCUUCACCUAUAGAUGCUGUUUGUAGUAAAUGACUAGGAUGGUAUGUUUGCGAUCGAAUUGCAGGUAUGGAACAAGGACAAAGUUCAAGUGUCAUGGGCAGUCAAGAUAAAUGAUAUUGAUAGAGUAGGAAUAAAAUUUUUUGAGAAUUAGGGGCAAAUAAAGUGAGUAACAAUAAUAACAUCGCUGCUUGAACGGAUAUGCAAAAUCUGUAACAUCUAUUUUGCAUUAUAAGUCAUGUUGAACAGCACCGACAAUGCAUAAGAAAUUGCCACCUGCUCCUCAACUAAAAAGAAUUGGACCAAUGCAAGUAGCUGCCAGGAGCCUGAGGGAGAAAGCUUAUGACAAUUAUUGCUCACACUGACAAUGGCUCUAUUUUAAGUGCUGAAUGGUUAGAUGAGGAUGAUGUUAACUUGUCUGGUAUAUCAGUUGUGCAUGAUGAAAAAGAUAAAUCAGCUACCAUAGACUAUGCCCAUGACGGGCCUCAUUUCACGUUUUAUUGGGAUGGGGGGGGGGCGCAAAACUUGGUCGGCUUGUUGUUUACUACUGGAGGCACCACAUUACAUAGCAAUUUAAAUAAAACCUGCAAAUUCAGUGGGCCCCUGCCCUACAUAAAUGACGUCCAUGAUGUUAGGAUAGAGCAACACCUGGCUACUCCAUAGGAAGCUGAAAGCAGCUAGAACCUAUACUAUAAUUGUCAACUAUACUGACAAUAAUCAUAUCUAUACUUCCACAAACAAUAUUUAGCCUUCAACAACUUUUUAAUUGAUUCUGCAUUAUAAAAUAUGUGUAAAAACUUUUUUACUAGUUUUACUUGUAUAUUUUUUUUUUUGGGGGGGGGUCGAUUAUAAUAUAUGGACAUAUUUAAAUUUAGGGGGGGGGGUCAUUGAAAGCUUGACAGUUGUUGUGGGGGGUCGGGGGGGGUGGUAAAAAAAUUGCAUAAAAAUUGUUGACCUAAUUAAUGGAUGCCCCCUAAGUGGAACAAAAAAUCUGAUUUUUUCCUUCUAUAACCAUUUACAAACUAUGUCCAGUUGUUAUGGUUGGUUCAUGAGAUCUAAUUACUAGCUAUGUAUGUAAUACUUUUAAACAGACAAUUUAAAAUUUUAGCAUAUUAUAUAGUUUUAAAGGAAUUAAAAAUGUUAUUAUAUUAUCAAGUUUUAAAGGAAUUUAAAAUGUUAGUAUAUUAUAAAGUUUUAAAGGAAUUUUAAAUUUUAGUAUAUUAUAUAAACUUUUAAAUGAAUGAUGUCAAAAACAUUUGUCGGCAAAAAUUCUAGGUUACAUUUAUUUGCCUAUUAAACUGCCUGCAAAUGGUGGAACUUAGUUAAAGACCACCCAAUAGAGAUUAAACAAGGAUCAUGACAAUGAGAAUAAACAACAAAGAAAAAACAGUUUUGUAAAGAUUUUAUUUUAAACCUUGAGUUACAAUAUGUGUUUAUUAUGUCAGGUUCAUGGUACUGCACCAGACAUAGCAGGAAAGAACAAAGCUAACCCAACUGCUCUGCUUCUAAGUUCUGUGAUGAUGUUGAGGUACAUGGACCUCCCAACCUAUGCUGAUCGCAUUGAAAAAGCUUGUUUUGAUGUGAUCAAGGAAGGAAAGGUAUAGAUGUAGUGAUGCAUACUAAAAUUAUUGUAAAAUUUGUUUGAAAGAGGCAUUAGUUUUAAUAAAUGCUAAUGUUAUUCACAGAUGCAAGUGAUGCACACAUAUGAAAAUUAAAUUUAGCUAUACUGCCAUCUUGUGGAUAUUUUAUGUUCUUAUAGACUAAAACUGCUAUUCAAAUUCUAUGAUAAUAUUAAGACUAAUAUCUUUUAUUCACAAAUUCUGCAAUAAUUAUCCCGAAAUCCUGACAGACCAUAAAUAGCGUACAUAUAGCUCUAACGCUGUACAAAUAUCGUCAUAAUUAUCAGCAUACUAUUGCAUUGUGACUUUGCUAGAUAGUAGUCAAUAGACUUAGUAGAUGUAACAGUAAUACUAAUUCCAACGUUAACCUUUGAGGCCAUUAUAAAUUAUCGAGGAAAAGAGGGGCGGGGUGGUCAUGGAUUUUUUACAAAGUAUGACUUAAAUGGACUUAGGUGUAGUAUCUAUUUUCUGACUAGUUUUGGAGCGGCAAGCAUGGUAAAAAGAAAAUACUAAAUAUUGUGAAGUCCUUAGUUUGUUAGUACGCCAGGAGUACUUACAAUUUUAUUUUCUGCGCCCUAGCAAAGUUAGGUUUUCACCAUCGAGUCAAAUUCUAACAGAUAAGACCUUUUAAAGAGCAAUUAUAAUUUUUUAAAAUCAAAAGGUUGGGUAAUUACUCGAGUGAGUUACUGUUUUUCACCAGGCUUGCUAGAUGGCACAAGUGGAAAUAAAAUUAUGAAAAUAAUUCUGAGUAAGCUGCGAUUCCCCAGGUUGAUGUCGUACCCAGAGCAAGGUGGCUCCACUGGGCGAUACAGCACACAUUUUGGGUACCACUGGGCUAUGGCAGUCUGUUUGCUUUAUUGUAACAUAUUUGUCUAUAAACAAAAACAUUUUUUUUUCUUUUUAGUGGCGUGUGGGGGUUGAAAGCUAAUUGUGUGCAUCCUUAGGACACGCAUUGAUUUAACAUUUUAGGUCUAUAUAUUAACCCGAAGGACUGUCCGAGAUGUUAGCUCCCCUUGGACACUCCUCACCGCCCCAUACACUACUGGGUGGAGGCGAAAUUUCAACUGCCUAGGAGCCUCCACAGGUCAUUAUCCGAGGAUGAUAAUUAUAGUUAUAGCUAAUACUAUAAAAAUUUUUAUAAUGUUUCAUUACAGCAUUUGACUGGAGAUCUGAAAGGAAAAGCCACUUGCACAGAAUUUACAGAGGAGAUUUGCCUCAAAGUCUCUUCAUCAUAAAGUACCUCUCUGUGUAGAUCAUCUCAUUUAUUUAUAUUCAUUAAUUCAUAUUGAGUUGCAUUUUUGGAAUGAGAAGUCAUAUACUUAUAGCAGGACCUUGAUAUUAUAUGAUGCAUUCAUUACCCACUACCAUAAGUAUGUUAAUGACAGACUUCACUUUUGUGUGUUUUGACCUAGAACCCCAACCUGACUCAAUGAUGGUCUUGAUGUUUUGUAAUAAACUAGUUGUAAGUGUUGUUUAGAAGCUUUAGUGGUUUUAGUCACUUGUACUUGUAACCAGGUGUCUUGCUUAUUUAUUCUUAGUUCCGUCUAAUCCUAUUAGAAUGUUAAUUUUGUUCCACGGAAACUCUUUUAUUUUUCAAACAAGUUUACAAAAUCUCAUUUUUUCAUUGUACUUAAGUCUGGAGCUGUUUUUGAUGAAAACUAAUUUGAAUAUGAAAAGGGAUUAUUAUUUUUAGAUUUUAUAUCAAUUUACUUAUAUAGAAAUUUCAGAUGAUCAUGUCAGUGGCUAAUCACAGAUUGAACAGCUGAAGCUAAUUGAUGUUAGGGAAAUGAGUUAAUUCUGUGAUAUGAUGGAUGAGGUCUUCAAGAAAAGCUAUAGUACUAUAAUAGCAGUCACUUAGCUAACUAGUCUCUUAUAUUUGAUCAUUUGAACAGCGGUCUGAAUGUGUUCAUACUUAUGUAUUUACCUGUGUAAAUGGAGAAUGAUGAAAAUUGAUGAGUCUUUUGAACAGGAUUUGAAAAAUCACAAAAAUUUGCUCAAAACAUUGAAUUUAAAAAAAAAAAUGUUUUUGUACAAAAAUCCAAUAGUUCCCAAAACAGCCUUGUUAGUUUAGAAAAGUUAAUUCUUGGAUUCUAGUUAUAAUACAGGUUGUUAUGACAAAGUUAUGACUAACUUGUUUGAAGCUGUUGGCAUUGGCAAGAGAAAUUUAUAAUAAAUAGUAAUAAUAGACCAACAAUUAUUCUAGCUGUUGUCUAAACUAGUUUUUUAAAGUUGAUACAAGCCCAGGGUAAUCCUUUUGUUUCUCCCCUGAUCCCAUUUUGGAACAUGGUUCUCAAUGAUGCCAAAGCUGAUAGUAAACUUCGUUCUUAAAGAUGUCCAAAUUGGUACCGGGUAUUAAACUUGGUUCUUAAUGAUGUCAAAUUUGGUAGUAAACUUGGUUCUUAAACGAUAUCAAAGUUGAUUACAAAUCAUAAUAUAAAUCACACUGGACAUUUGAUGUCAUUAUAUGUAAACUUGGCCACGGUCUGACUAAUAACUUUUUACUUUUAAUAUCUUGUACACAUGAAACCAUUAAAUUAAAUACAACAGUCU